ACUCACACGGCUUGCUUCGCGUUCCCUUCGGCUCAGCUGCUCCUGAAGCAGGCAAUCUCGGCAGGAAUUUUGUCUCCAGGAUUUGGGUUUUUGAAGCCUGCCCUGGCACCACUUCUCUCUCUCCAAGUAGAAUUAGUUGGUGCUUUACACAAAAGAAGAUUUUUUUUUCAAGCCCUGAGUGGAGCCCGAUGUUGGGCUAAGCAGGAGAUCUGUGGUGGACAGUGGAUGGUUUGGUCACUCAGGACCAAGAUGUGGCAGCUCAUUGUGGUGGCCUGGCUUCUCCAAGGACUCGCAGACUCCAGGCUCAUUGGGCCCAAGGCUGUGGACCCCGAGGCAUUUAUGAACAUCAGUGAGAUAAUCCAGCACCAUGGCUACCCCUGGGAGGAGUAUGAGGUCACCACAGAAGACGGCUACAUCCUGACUGUCAACAGGAUUCCUUGGGGCAAAGACCUUCCAGAGGACCCAGGGCCAAGGCCAGUGGUGUUACUGCAACACGGUUUGCUUGGUGAUGCAAGCAACUGGAUCCUGAAUCUUCCUAACAACAGCCUGGGCUUCAUCCUGGCCGAUGCGGGUUAUGAUGUGUGGAUGGGGAACAGCCGAGGAAACACCUGGUCCUGCAAACACAAGACCCUCACGGUCGACCAAGAUGAGUUUUGGGCUUUCAGUUAUGAUGAGAUGGCUAGGUUUGACCUUCCAGCAGUGAUAAACUUUAUUUUGCAGAAAACGGGCCAGGAAAAAGUAUUUUAUGUCGGCUACUCACAAGGAACCACAAUGGCCUUCAUAGCAUUUUCCACAAUGCCUGAGCUGGCCCAGAGAAUCAAAAUGUAUUUUGCUUUAGCUCCGAUCACCUCGGUUAAACACUCGAAAAGCCCUGGCACCAAGUUCUUGCUGCUGCCAGAGAUAAUGAUCAAGAGCGUGUUUGGCAAAAAGGAAUUUCUUCACCAACACAAGUUCCUCCGGCCGUUCUUCAUCCACCUCUGUGGCCAGGCCAUUCUGGACCAGCUCUGCAGCAACAUUAUCCUGCUCCUAGGAGGAUUCAACACCAACAAUCUGAACAUGAGCCGAGCCAACGUCUACGUCGCCCACACCCCGGCUGGAACAUCUGUACAGAACAUCCUGCAUUGGAGCCAGACAGUGAAUUCUGGAGCGCUCCAAGCAUAUGACUGGGGAAGUGAAACCAAAAAUCUGGAGAAAUGCAAUCAGCCAACUCCUGUGAGGUACCAGAUUAAAGACAUGACUGUCCCCAUAGCAAUGUGGUCAGGAGGUCAGGACUGGCUUUCAGACCCUGAUGAUGUCAGCAUCUUGGUCACUCAAGUGACCAACCUUGUCUACCAUAAGACCAUCCCGGAGUGGGCCCACACAGACUUCAUCUGGGGACUGGAUGCGCCACAGCAGUUGUACCAGGAGAUCAUUGAGAUGAUGAAACAGAAGGACAUGAGCCUCUCCCUGGAAAACGCUGGAAUGUGCCCAAUGGAGAUGCUCUGACGUGGAGAAGCCCCAGGUCCAUGGGGAACUAUGGAUGGGAGUAGGGGGGUUGUAAGAAAAGAGGGGAAGGGGACUUAGCCGAAGUCUACUUUCCUUGAUGAUUUUCUUAAUUUGACACUAGAACUGACAUGAGUACUUCUUUUAUGUUAAUAAAAUUAUCAUUCGUCUUGGGGGAAAACAUAGGGAUCCUUGAACUGUGUUAUAUUCACCUGUCUGGAAAGUGUGGCUGCUCAAAGCAGCCUGAAGGAAGAAUCAAAAGGAUCAGCUGGACUGGGGCUGAAAGAGUCUAUACCAUUGCCUCAAUUAUCCAGAUAUUUUAGGGCAAAAGGGCCUGGGGGUCCUGAGUCAGAGGCAGGUAGCAACUGGUUUAACAGAUCUGUCUCUAUGGAAAAGUGCUCAUUCUGACCAAAUCUGUACAUUGAGAACAUCAGAUCA